UUCUGCUUGGACUACCGAUACCUGUCAGCUGCCUCUGGAGUCCCACAGGCUGAAAAAACCUGAUAGGACUCUUUCUUCAGCCUGACAGCAUCUCUAACCGCCGGUGUCCAACAGCAGGUUUGUGGGUUGCCACCACGACAGGCACUAUCAGGUUUGACUGGCGGCGGCACGUGGUUUGAAGGAGAGGCAAACAAAUAAAUCAGGUUGAGGUGGCUUUAUUGCAACAUGCUUUGUCACCAACACCAACAUCCUUCUAACACCAACACUCACUGCCUUUUAUAACUAGGUGACUGAUUGGAAGAAACCAAGAAGAGGGGUAAUCAAAGAAAUAAUUAAAUAAUAUUUACAGAACCCAACCUCCAAAAUAAAUGGUACCAAACAUUAUUUACAUAAAUACAAAUCAUACUAAAUAAAUCCAAGUUAAAUCAAACAACAGAAACUAGGUUUCACAUAACUCCUCCAAGAAUCACACCUCCUUAUUUAAGUGGUAUGCUCCAGCAGAUUAAAAGCAGCACCUAGGACACAAACUUCCCUUUGCUGCCCCGCCCUGCUGAGGAGACACUACCAGAAAGACACAAUGGCCUCAUCCACCCCUCUAUCCAAGGCCAACACCAGCUUCUCUCUGGAUCUGCUCAGAAAGCUGAGUGAAGACAACUCAACUGCAAACAUCUUCUUCUCUCCUUUCAGCAUCUCUUCAGCUCUGGCUAUGGUGAUGCUGGGAGCCAGAGGAGACACGGCCACACAGAUAUCAGAGUGUUUAAAAACUCAGGACUGCCGGGAUGAUGUCCACUCUCAGUUUGACAAACUGCUGGGAGAGCUCAACAAGCCAGGUGCUCCUUUUGCCCUCAGCUUGGCUAACAGGCUGUUUGGAGAACAGUCCUACCAGUUCCUUCAGGAGUUUUUAACACAAACCAGGACAAACUACAAGUCUGAGCUGGUGUCUGUGGACUUCAGAACUAAAUAUGAGAAAACUAGAAACGAGAUCAACAGCUGGGUGAAGAAGCAGACACAAGGUAAAAUCAAGGGUAUCAUAGCUAAGGGUGAGCUGAACAACAUGACCAGGCUGGUACUGGUCAACGCCAUCUACUUCAAAGCAGCCUGGGAUGAACCUUUUCUGAAAAUGUCAACUUAUAAUGGCCAAUUUUGGCUCAACAAGAGCAUCACAAAACCAGUAAAGAUGAUGUCCCAGUACUCCUUCUUUCCUCUUGGCUUCAUUCCUGAAGUCAGCUGUCAGGUCCUGGAGUUGCCUUACAAAGGGAAGGAACUGAGCAUGCUCAUCCUUUUACCUAAGAGGAUAGAUGAUGAUACAACAGGUCUGGAGCAGCUGGAGAAGCACUUGACCUAUGAGAAGUUCAUGGAGUGGACUCAUCCAGGAAAGAUGCACACAUGUAAAGUUGACGUGUACCUACCUCGAUUCAGACUUGAGGAGACGUACGAACUGAAUGAAGUCCUGACCCGCAUGGGCGUGGUGGAUGCUUUUGCUGCGUCAAAAUGUGACUUCUCUGGUAUGUCGAGCAACAAAGAGCUCUUUCUGUCCAAAGUCUCCCACAAGGCCUUUGUGGAAGUAAACGAGGAGGGAACUGAAGCUGCUGCUGCCACUGACAUCUCUAUAAGGAUGCUUAGUGCUGGACCAGUGUUCAGAGCAGACCAUCCUUUCCUUUUCUUCAUCCGCCAUAACCCCACCAUGAGUGUUCUGUUUGCCGGACGCUUCUGCUCCCCUAAGUGAGAGAUGUCUGGACAUGGACUUUUAUAGUGAUGAACUUCAGUAUUUGAACACCCUGCGGUCAUACAAUGGGAUUUCCUGCUUAUUUUAAAUGCUUUCUCUCACAAUAGGAAUACACCUCAUGUGAGUUUCAGUCCCCCUAAUAAUUUCUUAGUUAGAACUUGCAAAAUUGCUGGGUGUUCGAAUAUGUAUGUUCCUCACCAUAUGGUGGAACAGGUUUAUUGUACUUCACAGAAAGCUACUGUUUCUUCUACAAACUAGUGAUUUUCUUCAUAUCCAUAUUAAUCAGUUUGUUGUUUUCUGUGAUUCUUUUGUAAAAUAUCUGAUGAAGGGCGCUCAUCCAGUUUAGUCCAACGCCAAAGGCUUACUGAUGGCACCACCAACACCAAGUCCUAGGAAGAAGGAGGUCCAGUCAUUGAGUUCUUUGCAACAUUUUUUUUAUUUUUGAAAUUAAUUUGGAAACUCAACAAUUAUUUUUAUGCAAAUAAUGUCUUACUUAAUAUUGUAUGUGUGUCAAUAAAAUAAUGAAAAAUCAAAAUU